AUGAACAGAACAAAUGCGAAGAAAAGAAAUCCACCUCCAAAUCCUACUUUAACCGAAAAGUUCAAAGAAAUUGCUACUACAACUGAGGCAAUGUUGCAGACGGUUCCUGAACUUUUGAUAACCGAAUUCCAGAAUCGUUUAGGAUUUGUAGAUCUUAUUUUCGGAGAACAUAAUGAAACAAAACUCAACAUUAAAUAUUUUUUUCCGUCUGCUGAAGAACAAGUUACAAGGCAUGUGAAUGUAAUUGCACAUGGAUCAGUACAAAAAAAG